AUGACACGGGAGGGCGUCCAGGAGAGCAUAAAUCUUACCAGCUCACUAUUAUUUGCACCUGCUGGUCCCCUUUUAGAAAAAGAAGUAGGUCUUGCUUCAGAUUCAGCUGCUGGGGUAACUAACCCAACUAUUGCAUCAGAUCAGGAGCAAACUUCUGAGAUGGAGAGCCACCCUAUUGAGCAGCUGCAAUUAGGCAGCAAAGGAGUCAAGUUAUUUUCUGGUCAAAUGAUAAAUCUAAAACGAAGGGGGCGUGAAGAACCACAGGAAUCACAGGUAAACAUCCAUAAACAAAGUCAGCUUUAUUUAGACAUGGAUUCCCUUUUUGCUAGAGUUGAACUUAAAAACAAAAUCAGAGAAAACUCCUUGAAAAUGGAUUCAAAGGAAGAGCCCAACACAUCAAACUACAUGCCAUUAUGGACAGAAAAGUAUAAACCGCAGAACUUUCUACAAUUGGCGCCAGCGGGAAAUGAAAAACAAUACCGAUCUAUUAUGCGAUGGCUUCAAAAAUGGUCCACAUUGGUAUUUGACGAUAGAGUCAAAGAGCACAUAGAUGGCACUGACUCGCUCGGCAGGCCAAGUCGUAAGAUUUUACUAAUUCAUGGACCACCGGGUGUCGGCAAGACAGUUGCUACACAUAUCUUAGCUCGCCAGAUGGGAUACAAUAUCCAAGAACUAAAUGCAAUGAAUAGUAUGGAUACUCUUCCACAGGGGUCGGUCAAUAGUUCAGCUGGAAGCAACGCUUACUCAAAUGCGUCAAAUGCUUUAAAGUUGAAGAUUCAAAAUACAUUAACAUCUAAUGCUGUUUCCAAGAAUGGUAAACCAUUUUGUUUACUCAUAGAUGAGUUGGAUUCUUUGGCAAACACAAACGAUGUUGUCAAGAUUUUGCAAGACAUUGUCACUUCAGAUCAACGAGCAUAUAUGAAGCAACAAAAGUACGUUAAUGGACAAAGUGACAACGAUCAGAAAAGAAAGAAAAAGAACGAUAGGAUAUUGAAUAGACCCAUCAUUUGUAUUGCCAACGAUAUAUACUCGCGGCAGCAGGGAAAGUUUGGACCCAACCCUUUAGAGAGGUUGAGAGCAAUAUCAGAGGUUGUGACGUUCCGAAAGCCCGCCAUUGCGCAAAGAGCAACUGGUGCCAAGGUCAGUGGCAGUGCCAUGAAGUCUGUCAAAGACUUUUUGAUGAAAAUUAAUGAGAGGGAAAAUCUUGGAUUAGAUUAUAGAGAUAUUGGAGAAAUUUGCGAAGUAUGCGAUGGAGACUUGAGGGCAUGUUUGAAUCAAAUGCAAUUUUCAGGAAAACGCUUGGCAUCAGGUACCAGUGUCAAGAAAGUUUCUGCAAUAGACAAGCAUAUAUCCUGGUUCACAAUGGUUGAAGACAUGUUUAAAAGAGAUCCGCAAUUGAAAAAGGAAGACAACUUUAGUGUUCUUUUGCAAAAGUACAUGGACGGUAAUGGUAAAUCCAUAACUGGCAGUAACGACUUAUUUGAUAAAUUCAUAAAUGGAGUGUUUAACAAGUACCUCGAUAUUAUCCACCUACAGGAUGAUACUUUAAUUAGACCCAGUGAAUUCAGUGACUGGCUUCAUUACCACGACUCUUUCAAUACUAACUUUAACGAUGCAAACCAGUACAAUGCAUUGAUAGCAUUGAAAAGCUGGACACUAUUUAGCGACUUGAAAACAUAUAGGGACAUAAACCCGCUAAUCCCAAAUGCCAAAAACUUGUCCUUUGAAACCUUUGAAAAAUUAAAGGAAAAUCGUCAUGUUGUUAAAACAGUAGUUUCGAAUAUCCCUGCUGCUACCCAAUUAGGAGUUGGAAGUACAAAUGCUGAUAGUGUUGCAUGUUGUUUUCUCCCUUGCCUUACCAAGAUUCUUAGCCCAAGUUUGUCGUCCAAGUCAAAGGGUAACCUAACUCCGACUGAAAUUGCAAAGCUUGAAAAAGUGACCUCCUUGAUUGAAUCAUUCAAACUAGGCCUUGAAACAAGGAGAGAUUUUGAAUCUGGUCAAAUGGAGUUGUAUUUGGCACCGGACUGGGAUGCUCUUACGAUUUUUGACACGUUUCUUGCCGCACGAUCAAGUGCAAUUGAAGUCAAACAACUCCAGCUACGGAGACAAGCAUUAUUUCCAAUGGUCAAUGCAGAAUUGGAGAAUUUGUCAGCCUCAAGGCGAAGCCAAAAACAAAAACGUAAACUUGAUGGCGUUGACAAUCCGGAAUUUACAAAGAAACCAAAAACAGGAGACCACGAGAAGCAAACGUUCAAGUCACAAUAUGACAAUGUGAAACAGGCUUCCAAACCAGACGAUGAAAUAGUUAAACAAGUGCCUAGGAUUUGGGUGAACUUUAAUGAAGGUUACUCGAAUGCUGUUAGGAAAGAGGUUAGUUGGAAUGACAUCUGGUUGCCAUAA